CGCGCCCCCGCGCCCUCGUUCCAUUCGCUCUCUCCACCAAUCACACGCCUCGAUCCCGCCCUCCCCGCUUUUCUAUUGGCUAAACCUCUUUGGACCCAUCCUCAUACGAUAGAAUUGUCCAAUCAGCGUAGACGCCGCGUGCGCCAGGCACCGCCUCCUCCCCGCGCGUGGCACGCUGGGAAUUGCGGUCCGACGGCGGCGUUAACGCGCUGCGUCGCUUCGAUUGAGAACUACGAGUCCCAGAAUGCCCCGCGCGGCGCCGGGCGGAACUCACGGAAAGGUCGCGGGGUAAAAAGCGGCGCUGAGCGGACGGGGCUGAGAGCGUCGGGAUCGCCAUGAGCGCCGGUGGGGCGAAGCGAGCGGCGGCCGAAGGGGAGCGGGAGGAGUUCGUGGGGUUCUUCCCGCAGAUCGUCCGCGAUCUGACGGAGGAGGGGAUCGGGCAUCCGGAGGUUGGCGACGCUGUACUGGGACCAGGGGAUAACUGGGACCAGUGGGUACCGGGACUGGUGUGCACUGGGAUCAGCAGGGACCAGUGGGUGCAGGGACUGGUGUGCCCUGGGAACAGCAGGAAUUGGGACCAGUGGGUGCUGGGACCAGUGGGUGCUUGGACUGGUGUGCUCUGGGAGCUGCAGAUGCUGGGAUCAGUGGGUGCUGGGAGCUGCAGAUGCUGGGAUCAGUGGGUGCUGGGAUCAGUGGGUGCUGGGAUCAGUGGGUGCUGGGAUCAGUGGGUGCUGGGACCGGUGGGUGCAGGGACUGGUGUGCUCUGGGAGCAGCAGGAAUUGGGACCAGUGGAUGCUGGGAGCUGCAGAUAUUGGGACCAGUUGGGUGCAGGGACCAGUUGGGUACAGGGACUGGUGUGCUCUGGGAGCAGUGGGUGCUGGGAGCAGUGGGUGCUUGGACUGGUGUGCUCUGGGACCAGUGGGUGCUGGGACCAGUGGGUACUGGGACCAGUGGGUGCUUGGACUGGUGUGCUCUGGGAGCAGCAGGAAUUGGGACCAGUGGGUGCUUGGAGCUGCAGAUAUUGGGACCAGUGGGUGCUUGGAGCUGCAGAUAUUGGGACCAGUGGGUGCUGGGACCGGUGUGCCCUGCGAGCUGCAGUUAUCAGCUCCACCCCCACUGACCUCCCCUCCCCGCAGGUCCUGCAGUACAACGUUCCAGGUGGGAAAUGCAACCGAGGGCUGACGGUGGUGGCUGCGUUCCGGGAGCUGUCUGGACCGGGGCAGAAGGAUGCUGAGAGCCUGCGGUGCGCUCUGGCCGUGGGUUGGUGCAUCGAGUUGUUCCAGGCUUUCUUCCUGGUGGCUGAUGAUAUCAUGGAUCAAUCCCUGACGCGCCGGGGGCAGCUGUGCUGGUAUAAGAAGGAGGGGAUCGGUUUGGAUGCCAUCAAUGAUGCCUUCCUCCUCGAGUCCUCUGUGUACAGAAUGCUGAAGAAAUACUGCGGGCAGCAGCCGUAUUACGUGCAUCUUCUGGAGCUCUUCCUGCAGACAGCCUACCAGACUGAGCUCGGGCAGAUGCUGGACCUCAUCACAGCUCCCAUUUCCAAAGUGGAUUUGAAUCAAUUCAGUGAGGAGAGGUACAAAGCCAUCGUUAAGUACAAGACUGCCUUCUACUCCUUCUACCUCCCCGUGGCUGCUGCCAUGUAUAUGGUUGGGAUUGACAGUAAGGAAGAACAUGAGAACGCCAAAGCCAUCCUGCUGGAGAUGGGGGAAUACUUCCAGAUCCAGGAUGAUUACCUGGACUGCUUUGGAGACCCGGAGCUCACGGGAAAGGUGGGCACAGACAUCCAGGACAACAAGUGCAGCUGGCUGGUGGUGCAAUGCCUGCAGCGCGUCACACCGGAGCAGCGGCAGCUCCUGGAGGAGAAUUACGGCCGUAAGGAGCCCGAAAAGGUGGCAAAAGUGAAGGAACUCUAUGAGACCGUAGGGAUGAGGGCUGCAUUCCAACAAUACGAGGAGAGCAGCUACCGGCGCCUGCAGGAGCUGAUAGAGAAACACUCGAACCGCCUCCCCAAGGAGAUCUUCCUCGGUUUGGCACGGAAAAUCUACAAACGUCAGAAAUGAGGGAUCGGGGCCGACGAUGUGCUCUGUGUUGAAUGGUUUUACAGCUCCGGACCCGGUGCUUUUCCCAGCCCGUUAUUUCCGAGAUUGCUGCUUUCUCGAACUCAUCUCGUUGCCGUCGGUCUGUGUGUCAAUAAACGUAAUUUAUUGCU